AUGGCGACAGUAAAAGCAUGCUUAUUGAACGAAGCGCUGGAUCGAAUUUUCACAACAACCGGUAGAAGGCUGACCUUAAAAGAUGAGCAAGAAGAAGCAAUAAAAAGUCUUCUUUCUGGAAGGGAUGUCCUCGCGAUCUUGCCGACAGGCUUUGGCAAAAGCCUGAUUUUUCAGCUAUUUGCGAUUGCAAAAUCAGUCGAAGCAACAAGAUACAGCACUAGCCCGGGCACUGUUCUUGUCAUUUGUCCUUUGGACAGCAUCGUAAAAGACCAGAUAACGGAGGCUGAGUCGUAUGGGCUUAAAGCCGUAUCCCUUAGUACGUGUUCAGAAAAUAUUUUUGAACAAAUGAAUGAUGUCCCUGAUGUUGUGUUCGCCUCUGCCGAAGCAGCGAGUCUAAAGGCAUUUAGGGAAUCGCUGAAUAAGAAACGAAAUGUUCACGCUAUAGUCGUAGACGAAUCACAUACUGUGGAAACAUGGACAGGGAAGAGAAACAAGAAAGACAAGGCUUUCAGAAGCGCUUAUGGGGAUUUGUCAAUUCUACGAUCCUUUUGUAAAAAAGGAACACCAUUCCUAGCACUGACUGGCACUGCCGACACGAAAACCCAGGGUACAAUUAUUAGUCUGUUGUCACUAAAGGACCCAGUGAAGAUCUUAAUCAGUCCAGAGAGGACAAAUUUGCGAAUAUCGGUGACAGAGUGCAAAAAGGCAACAAUACUUCAAAAACUGGAUUGGCUGAUCGACCUGACUUUGGAAAAGGGGUUGAAUAUGCCAAAAACAAUCAUAUUUUGUAACAUGAUGAAUGAAAUUGCUUCAGUCUGCAACUAUUUGCUUUUAAAGAUGGGAAAAGAUGUUUAUUAUGAAGCAGCAGAUGGUACACGAACCUGCAUUGUUGGCAUAUACCAUUCCAUGACUUGGGCCGGCACUAAGAAAAAACUGCUUGAAUCAUUUAAAGGUUGUGGGAAUGAUAGUAUCCAAAGAAUUAUAAUUGCUUCAACAGCACUUAGUAUGGGCGUUAACUUUCCUGAUGUACACUACGUAAUUAACUGGGGGCCACCAAGGACACUCAUAGACUAUCAUCAAGAAGCAGGACGGGCAGGUCGAGAUGGACAGCAUGCCCAUAGUAUUAUUAUUUACCAUGGUAACCAGACUGCUCACUGUGAAGAUGAUGUUAAACAUUUUGUUCGUACAGAAGGAUGCUAUCGUGUGGCAAGUUUAAAGCCUUUUGUUCCAAAUGUAGUGCCUGUAGAACCACUCCAUGACUGUUGCAGCACUUGCAGUCUAAUAUGCAAGUGCAGUGAUAGCUGUAGCAAGUCAAAACUUCCAUUUGAAAAGGAUAUUAUACCAGACCAGGAAGCACCUCAACCACCAAGGAAGAGAGAUCUCAGUGACCAACAGAGAGAUGACAUUCGUGAUGCCCUUACAAACUUAAGGACAAGUUCAAGCACCAUUGCCCUUUAG